AUGUCGGGAAGUGCAGGCUAUGACAGGCACAUUACGAUCUUCUCUGACCAGGGCCGUCUUUACCAAGUCGAAUAUGCUUUCAAAGCCAUUACAGCUGCGAAUAUAACAUCAGUCGCUGUUCGCGGCAAGAACUGUGCCGUUGUACUGUCGCAAAAGAAGGUCCCGGACAAACUCAUCGAUCCUUCAUCAGUCUCUCACAUCUUCAAAAUCUCUCCGUCAGUCGGCUCUGUCAUGACCGGAUCUAUAGCUGAUGCCCGAGCAUGCGUGGAUCGUGCUCGUGGUGAGGCCGCGGAAUUCAAAUACAAGUACGGUUACGAGAUGCCUUGUGACGUACUGGCCAAGCGUUUGUCCAACAUCAACCAGGUUUAUACACAACGGGCGUAUAUGCGUCCCCUAGGUGUUGAUAUUAUUGUGAUUUCGGUCGACGACGAACGCGGUCCCCAAUUGUUCAAAUGUGACCCGGCCGGGUACUAUGCUGGCUACAAGGCUACUGCAUCCGGACCCAAGCAGCAGGAAGCGAUAAACUAUCUCGAAAAAAAACUUAAGAACAAGGAUUAUGCUGAGGGUGACUGGGAGGAGGUGGUGGAGCUGGGCAUUACAACGUUGAGCAACGUGCUCAGCGUCGACUUCAAGAAGAACGAGAUAGAAAUUGGCGUUGUCGGAGGCCCGCGGGCUGAUGGACAGGAUGGGACCGAUGUUCAGUUCCGCGCUCUCACGGAGGAGGAGAUUGAUGAACGGCUGCAGGCGAUCAGUGAAAAGGACUGA